CGCUGUUGUUCAUGUUUUUUUUUUUUAUUUUUACAAUUACUUAUCUAUUACAUUAUCCCAAAUGAGUUAGCUUUCAGAUACGUCACGUCAUUGUUAACAGAGCUAAAUAGAACCUUGAAAUUAUGGUAAGAGUUGAGACAAACCCAUCAAGUUUGAUGACAGAAUUAGAAGAUUAGCAGCGCCAGCACCACAAAAUUUGCAGCAACUUUUGAGUGAAAUUCCAUUCCAUGGUGACAAAUUGGAGCAGAAAUAGCGAGCUCGUUCAUGGCUUCCUCAUUCCCAAAUCCUUCCUUCGGCCAUUGCUCCUUUUCACUAUCCAAUUCCAAUUCAACCUCAGCCACACACUUCCCCUUAUCUUUUCCUCGCAUUUCCUUCAAUGGGUCAUCCCCAAUUUCAUCCACCAAAAAUGGGUCUGCUCCAAAAAUUCGAGCUAAGUUCGAAAAAUUUCAUGGCGACAUUCCCCAGGAAGAUAUCCAAGAACCCAAUCCAUCAUCUUCGUUGCUAGAACAACAACAGUCUUCUGUAAAUCAAGAAGAUGAAGAAGAUGACAGUUGCUUGCCUUCAGACUUGGAGGGAGCAGUGAGGCAAUCUGGUGAAGCUGCUGCUUUGUUUGUGUCUUCCGGAGGAUUCAGAGCAAUAGUUGAGCUCCUCAUCCCCCAACUACAGUUUCUGGAUGAUGAAGGUGCUCAGGCUGAACUCUGGGAACUGUCGAGAGUAUUCUUGGAUUCACUUAUUGAGGAAACAAAAUGUCAGAGAAUUAAAGCUGUGUUUCCAGAUGCUGGGGCCGCUGCACUUCUAGAAUAUCGAUGGAAAGAUGCUUCCUUCAAAAUUUCCAGCUUAAGCGACCGAAAACCUGUAGAUAGUGCAGAUGAGAUAGUUGUUAUGGUUGUUCCUGAUUAUCAAAUGUUGGAAAAUGUAGAGAAAAUUGCAGCUGCCCUCUCAGAUGAUCCACCAAGGCCUCUUAUCAUGUGGAAUCCCCGUCUCAUCAGUGAAGAUGUAGGGGUCGGAUUUAACGUUCGGAAGUUGAGAAGAUACUUUUUAAGCACAUUUACAACCGUCUACUCCAUGAGACCUCUGCCAUCUGGUGCUGUAUUUAGAGCUUAUCCAGGGUUGUGGAAAGUGUUCUAUGAUGAUAAGGAUAGGCCAGGCAGAUAUUUGCUUGCCAAGGAAUUAAUAAGCCGUCCUGAUGCUGGAGACCUCGAGAUAAUAUUUGGAGAUGUAGCAGAGUCGGAGCAAGACCCAUCCUUUUUUGACAAAGCAGCUGGAGUUCUCUCCUCAGUAACCCGAUUCAUGAAGGCAAUUUCAAGAUAAGCAGAGCACGUUUUAUUGAUAUUUUACAAUUCAUGGGUCCUUGUAAAUUAUAAACUCCAAAUACGUUCUUCCUGUCUUUAAUGAGUUAUCUUUACUCAAUUGCUAGUUUCAGAGACCAAAGAAGAGACAGUUUUCUUGAUAAAUCUGUUCUUACCAAUCUUGUAGUUAACUAGAUAAUCAAGCCACAAGCAUAGACUUUGGGUUUA